CAAGUUUCAAUGAGCGGUACAUGUUCAUUAAAUUAAUAAGAGUAUUUUACCUAACGUUCGAAGGAUUUCCGUUCGCCUUUUUUCAUUUUAAAAAGUGAACAACUGCACAGCUUCCUGGGUGGAGGUGCAGUGAGGGAGGGAUAGUGGACGGUGAAAACUGCACCACCGAAAGACAAAAGAGGGGAAAAAAAAGAAGGGACACAUUUCAAGCAAACCGAACAGGUAUCUGCUCCCAUGGCGCGGAGGGAGAGCAGGGUCCCUCGAAAUUGUCGGGUUCACACACACAGGGACGUCAUACGUUUACAGCACCUGGCACUGGAAUACAGAUAGCACAGCCGCCAGGGGUAAACCAUGAUUCCCAUCACUGAGCUUCGUUACUUUGUUGACACCCAGCCGUCGUACCGAAUUCUGAAACCAUGGUGGGACGUCUUUACCGAUUACAUCUCUAUUGUCAUGCUGAUGAUUGCUGUCUUCGGGGGCACCCUGCAAGUCACCCAGGACAAGAUGAUCUGCCUGCCAUGCAAGUGGGUGGUCAACAAAACCUGUGACGACACUGUGAGGCUCCCUUCUGACCCAGUCACCCACCUGUACACCAAUUCCACCAUCACCCCUGUCCUUCAGCUCCCAGAACCCACAGGGAUAAAGUACGACCUGGACCGCCACCAGUAUAACUAUGUGGAUGCUGUGUGUUAUGAAAACAAACUGCACUGGUUUGCUAAAUACUUCCCUUACUUGGUGUUGCUGCACACACUCAUCUUCCUUGCCUGCAGCAACUUCUGGUUUAAGUUCCCCAGGACUAGCUCCAAGCUGGAGCAUUUUGUGUCCAUCCUGCUCAAAUGCUUUGACUCUCCCUGGACAACGCGCGCCCUGUCGGAGACAGUGGUGGAAGAGAGUGACCCGAAGCCGGCCUUCGGGAAAAUGAACGGCUCUAUGGACAAGAAGGCUUCCUCGGUGAGCGAGGACGUUGAAGCCAGUGUGCCCAUGCUUCAGAGGACUAAGUCUCGCCUUGAACAAGGGAUUGUGGACCGCUCCGAAACGGGAGUCUUGGACAAAAAGGAAGGGGAGCAGGCCAAGGCACUUUUUGAGAAAGUGAAGAAGUUUCGCACGCAUGUGGAGGAAGGGGACAUAGUAUACAGACUCUACAUCCGGCAGACCAUUAUCAAAGUGAUCAAGUUUGUGCUGAUCAUUUGCUACACGGGGUACUAUGUGAACAAUAUCAAAUUUGAUGUGGACUGCAUUAUUGAUAUUGAGAACCUCACGGGUUAUCGCAUGUACCGCUGUGCCCACCCUUUAGCCACCCUCUUUAAGAUCCUGGCUUCCUUCUACAUCAGUCUGGUGGUCGUCUAUGGGCUGAUUUGUAUGUACACCCUGAGCUGGAUGCUGCGUCGCUCCUUGAAGAAGUACUCCUUUGAGUCUAUCAGAGAGGAGAGCAGUUAUAGUGACAUUCCAGACGUGAAGAAUGACUUUGCGUUCAUGCUACACAUGAUCGACCAGUAUGACCCCCUCUACUCCAAACGAUUUGCUGUCUUCCUGUCGGAGGUGAGCGAGAACAAGCUGCGGCAAAUGAACCUCAACAACGAGUGGACGUUGGACAAGCUGAGGCAGAGGAUCACUAAGAACUCCCAGGAGAAGCUGGAGCUACACCUCUUCAUGCUGAGCGGGAUCCCUGACACUGUGUUUGACCUCCUUGAACUGGAAGUCUUGAAACUGGAGCUGAUCCCGGAUGUCACCAUCCCACCAAUCAUUGCCCAGCUUGUAAGCCUGAAAGAGCUCUGGCUUUACCACACGCCGGCCAAAAUUGAGGCCCCGGCUCUGGCCUUCCUGCGGGAGAGCCUCAAGUCCUUACAUAUCAAGUUCACUGACAUCAAAGAGAUUCCUCUCUGGAUUUACAGUCUGAAGAACCUAAUGGAGCUCUACUUGACGGGUAACUUGAGCGCGGAGAACAACCGCUACAUCGUCAUUGAUGGCCUACGGGAACUCAAGCAGCUUAAGGUCUUGAGGCUAAAGAGCAACUUGACCAAGCUGCCUCAGGUUGUGACGGACGUGGGGGUUCACCUACAGAAGCUGUCCAUCAACAACGAGGGCACGAAACUGAUGGUCAUGAACAGCUUAAAAAAGAUGGUGAACCUGACCGAGUUGGAGCUGAUCCGGUGCGACCUGGAGCGAAUUCCCCACUCCAUCUUCAGCCUUCACAACCUCCAGGAGAUUGACCUGAAGGACAACAACCUGAAGACCAUUGAGGAGAUCAUUAGCUUCCAGCAUCUUCACCGUCUCGUCUGCCUUAAACUGUGGUACAACCAAAUUGCCUACAUCCCUAUCCAGAUUGGCACCCUCACCAACAUGGAACGGCUCUACCUGAACCGGAACAAGAUUGAGAAGAUCCCCAGCCAACUGUUCUUCUGUCGCAAACUGCGCUUCCUGGACUUGAGCCACAAUAAUCUCACCUCCAUUCCAGCAGACAUUGGCUUCCUACAGAGCCUGCAGUACUUUGCUGUGACUGCUAACAGAAUUGAGGCUCUCCCACCCGAGCUGUUCCAGUGUAGGAAGCUGCGGACCCUGAACCUGGGCAACAACUGCCUGCAGUCCAUGCCCUCCCGAAUCGGAGAGCUGGCCAGCCUGACCCAGCUGGAGCUGCGGGGGAACCGGCUCGAGUGCCUCCCCGUGGAGCUCGGCGAGUGUCGGCUGCUGAAGCGCAGCGGCGUCAUUGUGGAGGAGGACCUCUUCAGCACACUGCCCCCUGAGGUCAAGGAGCAGCUGUGGAGGGCUGACAAGGAGCAGGCUUGAGCAGCAGAUAGGUAGCUGGCAAAAAAAGAAUGCAAGUGAGAACGUGAAUCGGGGGGGAAAUAAAAAAAAAAAUGACCCACCCGCCUGGGAACGGAAGUCUGAGAGAAAGAGAAGGGGGUCUGAACAACAACAAAAAUAUGGCUUCCAAAGCAGGAGUUAUUCCUCUGGGUCUGGAAGUACAAGGAACACGGACACUUUUCAGUGCAGCAGGAGGCACGGAGGGAAUCUGCCAUGAGGGAAAGGAAGGCAGCAGUCCAAAUGGAAAUAACCCUUUCUCUGGAACGGAGGGAUGACUUUUGACACUGCCAUGUAGCAACCAUGACAACAGUUAACCUCCAAAUGAACUUGCCAUGCAGACUUUGGACAGAUUUACAGAGCAGCUCGCAAAGAGGUGGUUUGACGGCUCUGUAGUUAGAAACUCGUCUGUAACUGAUGAGGAGGAAAUCUCUCUCUCUUUCAGUUGUACUGGGUUUUCAAGAGGAAAUUAUUAUUUUACUUUGGUAACCUAAGGUUAUAUACACAGGAGAACAUGAUUGCAUAACUUGGAGCCUUUAAUCAGUACAAAAGUACAGACUGAAUCCUUGUCUGGGCUCUCUUAAAAUUGCUGUUUUUUGGGGGCUAAUGGGGCUGCGGUUGUCAAAAACAUGCUGCAGAUGUGGCAAAGAGAAACCAACCUGGAUCGUUCCACAUCAAAUGGACCAAUGGUCCCUACCUCAUCAGCCUAGAUUAUUUUGAUAUUGCGUUUCAAUGUACCUAGAAGUGUUUUAGAAGAAUCCCAAAAUAUUAUCCCUCAACUUUAAGUGAAGGUAGGGGGUUAUCUUGACGUGUGAAAACGAGCACUGAAAAGGGAUCAUGUUUGAGAGGUCAGAUCUUUCAAAGUAUUCACACAAUCUUCUUGUACAAAUACAUUUUUAUUAGUGUCGUCUACAUUUGGCACCAUGGCAUAAACGUUUGUGGUCACCAGUAGGUAAUAGGUUGACGCGUUACUAAAGAUAUAGAGUACUUUUAAAAGAUUGUACCUCUUAAACAUGGCCCCAUUUCAGUGCUUGUUAUCUGUAAUAUUCGGGGAGUCUUCCAAAAACACUGCAAGAUAUGUCCAUCUAUCUAAAGAAUCUGAGAUGGUGAGGUGGGGAAGAUCCCAAAAUGUCCAUUUUGGGGAGGAAUGUCCCACCUACAUUUGAUCUAAAGAACACUAGUUUUCUACAGUCUUCACAGCAGGAGUGAGGAUCCCAUAAUAUUGUAGCUUUAUGACAAAUUGCAUGUAUGCCUAGAGCAGUGGUAGUGGCAGGGGCAGUGAAUGGUAAAUGAAAAGCCCUGUGUUGAACCCACUUGAGGUGAUCACAGCAGUUCACAGUACUUGACCAUGAUAUUGUGCCUGUGUUUAUGUGAAUAGCAAGAGAGCAUUUUUAAUGGUGUACUUUGAGUGUAGCUUACUGCAUUAUUUUCAUGUCCCCUUCAUGGUUUGUUUUACUUAAUGAAUUUUGUACACAGGGUAACCCCACUAAAUUGCUGGGAAGUAUUUCUGAUUAUGUUUAUGCAGUACAGUAGAUCAGGUAUGAAAAAAGAUCCCAGAUCUCCAAAAAUCCCUUCUUCAAAAAUAACAAGAGAAUAAGUAUUCUAUAAUAUAGGUACUAUGUGUAAAAAUAUCAAAGCAUAAAAACAGUAGCGUAUUGUGAAAGUCUGUUUUGACACCCAUAUAUUUUCUAUCCAGCAUUCAGUUUUAAAGGGGCUAUCCUGUGUUCAUGUUUUCAGUAGUAAAAUGUACUUGGUUGUAAAUGUAGAGCACAUGUGCCAUUCUGGCCAUCCCAGGUUGUAUGAAAGGUGCCAACAUUUCCACAGGAUCUGAGCAAAGGCUCUGCAUCAUCCACUGAAUCUUUGGCAGUAUUGAUCUUGGUGUUCCAGCCAAACUUUCCAAAGAGAGGUUUAUUUUUAUUUAGAAGCGAGCUAGCAUCAUCAAAUGUUUUAUACAGUAUUAUUUAAACAAACAAGCUAAAUACUGCACAGUGUAACAGCUGAGAUCGUCCUUCUCACUAUCAUCAGGCAGCAGUCGCUGGUUAUGAUUACAAUUCCCCAAAAUGUCAGGUGGGUCAGCUUGAAACCCUUUGCACGCCCAUGACUGCAGAGGAUCCAGUUCCUGGUGUUUUGGCCACUUAUUCCUGAUUGCAGUAACCAGUGUUUGCCUUAAGUUGAGAACGGUGUAAAUAUGUAGUGUGUAAGUGGAGAGUUUUGAGGCCAGUAUGAUUUUAAUAUGUGUGUGUGUGUGUGUGUGUAUAUAUAUAUAUAUAUAUAUAUAUAUAUAUAUAUAUAUAUAUAUAUACACACACAUACACAUAUAUGUAUACUUUUAAGCUUUUAUGUUUUAACAAGACCCAAUCAUCAUAAUAGCACUCCAUGUCUAAACACUGAAUCAUUAAAAAGACUGGUAAUUGAAAAUUGA